CAAAAGAAUGAUACGACCGACUUCAAUUAAUCAGUAAUCAAGCUCGAUCCUUAUAUUCAAGUUGUCCCCGAAAACUUACUGGAACAUUCUCGGCGCCACAGAAAACUGUAUAUAUACAGCGAGGCUGCGAGGGGGAACUCAGUGAACUCCAAGCCAGCAGUGCGAUUACAGCUUCGUCCCGAGGUGUUCCUGCGACAACGUUACUAGGCCGUCUGUUUGAGUUCAGCUCCUGACUCAGCAUCUGACAAUGUUCAGCAACGGCUUCUUCGCCUUCCACCCUUUCUCUGACCCGAGGGAUGGAUUUCCUCUCAUGGGACGCCGAUCGAGAGACUGGAUGCGGAACGACUUUCCUCUGAUGGAUCGUGGCCCCGGCGAUAUGGUAGACAAGUGGAUGGAGAUCUUGGAGCCAUGGAGCACCGGCGCUCUGGUGGGUGAGCCCAGCCCUUAUUGUUCAAGACCUCGCACACUCUGCUGUCCUCACACCUGUCUGCUGGACCGUCCACAGACUGCCCGGCACCGCCUCCCCCGCGAGUCCCUGCAGCACUUCGUGAUCCUGCCCAACCUCCUCUCUGAGCCCACGCGGAGUGAACAGGAGGAAGGCCGUGCCCGGCAGAGUGAGAAAGCUGCCGCUUGUUCGCAGAAGUGCCAGAAGAAGCAAGCGGGAAGCGGUCAGCAAGCAGCCUCAAGCACGGACUCGGCAGAAAGCAAGACUAGCGACAAGGCCUCAGGCGAGUCUCCGUGGCACUUCAGUGUGGACAUGAGCGGCUGUGACGAGGUAAGGGCCAUGACGGACAAGGGCAUGUUGAUGGUGGAGGGGCGGGGCUCGAGCGACACCUCGCAGCAGAUGGUGCGGUACAUCACCUCCCUGCCCCGCCACAUCAGCCACGACUCCCUCACUGCCAACCUCAACAACGGCCGCCUCACCGUCACCCAGAAGUCCGGGACACAACAGCUGGAGGGCCAGGCCAGGACGCUGCCCAUCGACGUGCAGCAGCAGACGCAGCAGAAGGCACCAGAAACUACAGAGCCAGAGCAGCAAGAGGUGGAAGCAGCGGAAAAACAACAGUAGAGUUGUUGUGAUCGCUGAUUAGUUGGUUAAUACACUAUGUUGGGAACAAGCAUAACAUUAUUUACGCAAGGACAUUGCAGACGUAUGUGAGUGCUUUGGCAGUAUUAUUAUGCCAAUGAUAGCGUAAGUCGAUUUGCGUUCUUCCUGAAUGUCACGCCUAUACCACUGUUUGUGACGGGUCACGUAUUUUACGACAGUAAUGUAUGGUCUUAAGUGUUAAUAGUUAAGUUAUUGCAAUAAAUUGUGGAUCAUCAU